ACCAACCCAGAAAGAAAGAUUCCAUUUUUUCCCUCCAAAGUUACCAGAUCACUGGAUUUCCAAUUCUCCGAUACUGUUUUCCGGUGCCUUCGUCGGAGACUAAAAAUCUCCGAUCACAAAAAUAGGCCCCAGACCUAUCCCUAGGUAGGACAAAAAUGAAGAAGAAUGAGUUGCAGCUAAGACAACCACAGCAGAAAAGGCCACCAAGGCCUCCACUUCCCACGGCGCUUGGAUUUGGAGGAGACGAAGACGAUGACGUGGAGAAGGAUGUUACACUUCAGGCUGCUAAGAACAAAUCUCUCAAAGGUGUAAACCCUUUUCGAUCACUGCUUCUUUUUUUUUUAAUUUUUUUUUUUGUUUUCAAGAUUGAAGAGCAGCAGAAGAAAGCGUUCGAAGAGGACCCAACAAUGUUUUAUUAUGAUGGAGUUCAUGACGAAUGAAGCAGAAAAUUGUUCAGCCAAAAGCCCUAGAUCGCGAAAAGAGAGAGGUAUUUUGAUGGUAUUAACAAAGAGUUUGUUAGGCACUUCUGGCGUCUUGCUCCCUGUAGGUGUGGUUAUCAUGUCUAAAAAUAUAAAGACUUCAAUGGAACGACAACGACAGCAUGAUAAUGCUUUUGAGAAAAAUCUUGCUACAGAGAGAAGUAGAGAUGAUCAACUUUAUGCCGACAAGGAUAAGUUUGUUACAGCUGCUUAUAAGAGGAAACUUGCAGAGCAGGAGAAAUGGAUGGAGGAAGAGCGUUUGCGUGAACUUAAAGAGGAGAAAGAGGAUGUUACCAAGAAGAGUGACUUGAGUGAUUUUUAUUUCAACAUCGGAAAAAAUGCUGCACUUGUUGCAAAAGACAUAGCGGCCAAGAAGCAAGGGAAACAAGAGAAGCAAGCUGAAUUUAGGAAGCUGGAGAACCUGGAUGAUCCAGUCGCUGGCGAAACAUCUGACAAAAAUCAUGCAUUUUCAGGCCCAAAGUUCGUGUUGAAGUCUUCCAGUGUGAAAGAGGCACAUCUGAAUGAAACUUCCCCUCCAAGAAGUUCUGAGCCCUUGGAUCCUAAGCCAGUAUCUGAUAAACCAGUUUCAGGCACUUCAAUUCUGAAGGAAAAACUCCAGCUGAACAAUCAUCGGUCAGUCAACCAAAUCACGAUCAUCAUAAAAGAAAUCAAGAUGCACUAGCUGCUGCUAAAGAACGGUUUUGGCACGGAAGAAAGCGAAGAUACCAGUGAAUCCUCUGUUGCAUACUUGGGUAUGUAAUGCGAUUGAGAUGUAAGCCAAAAUCUCUUCAAAAUCUGGAAAAAGCGUGUGCCAUUCACAGAAAUUUAUUAAAAGUUGCUCAAUAACCUAGAGAUGAAGAAGUCAACUCGGGUGGGAGCAGCCAACGAAGUGCAACUUGUCUGGUUUCAACUCAAAGCCAAAGACAUGCGGAUAGAAAGGCAAUAACAUUCAUGUGCUAAGAUGGAGCGUGUGCCCAUUGCCAAAGAUUUAGAGACAGACAAGAGGGCUUUAUGGUUUCUAGGCCUCCCUCAAUCCACACGAAAAGUAAACUACACGUUCAUGUGCAAUCAGCACCCAUCCAAUUCCUUCUGUCGGGACCUCAAAACCCCACCGGAGUUGACUUCUUCGUUGGCUGCUCCCACCGGAUCGAGUUCUCUAACGAUAAGAGAUGAAUUCAUUUUUCAAACAAUCUUGUUAGUAAAUCUCAAUGCACCUAUUUGAUGUAUCUAUUUUCUUAGAGUGCUAGCCUCAGGUUUCACGAAUCGUCUUGAUCAGCCGAACCACCUCCUGGGUGUUAAAGUGUGUUUCUCUGAAUCGCAAGCUUAUUCUUUGCCUUGCCAUUUAGCAUCCAGAUGGCUUUUCUCUCUCUCCCUCUUUAAGGACAUGCACAUUGACAGCUGUGAUGUGAUGAACCAUUGAAGCAAGCAGAGUCCCAAAUUUCAUCACCCCGAACCUUACUGUCACUGUCCCGUAACGUCUCCUUAUCAACCACGUUAAACAGCCAUGGUUUCUGUG